AACAAUGUUGACGGUUACAAUCAAUCGACGGUCAAGAUCAAUGACCCACUCACACGUGUACGUUAAAGAUGAAAGUAGCCUUGACGUGCGAUCAAGAGGUUGUAGCUUACAUUUUGAUAAUUCUUUUCACGAGCAAAGAUCCGGUGCUCCUCAAUCCCAAAAUACAAUUAACUCUCUUUCGCUCGUACCGCUUGCCGGUAAAUUCAUCAUAAAAAUGAGCGGCGGUCAACCGGUACCUCUGGUUUUCCUGUGGUAAAGAAAGGGGAAGCUUUGAAUUUGGCCUAUAUAAGCAGAGUUUACAUGCUUUGAUUGAGAGUUAAAGAAGAAGAAGAAGAAGAAGAAAAGAGAAGUGCUCUGUCUCCAGUUGAAGUAGAGGGAAAUUGGAAAGAAAUGGCAACUUCUGAGUGAUUGUUUCUGGCAGUCUUUUCAGAAUAAAAGUUUUUGGAUGGCAAAGGGUCCCGCGCAUGUAUCUGAUAGUGACACAACAUUUGAUAAUCCUUCCAGAAUUGAACACAAGAGGUCGCAGAGUUGGUUUGUUGAUGCUGAACCGCAGCUGUUCCCCAACAAGAAGCAAGCUACACAAGCUACAAACAACAAACAGAGUUCUGGAAUAUCUAAUUCAAAUGUUUCCCCUUGGGAAAAUGUUUCCAGUUUUGAAUCAGUUCCUAGCCAAUUUAUUGAUCGGUUGUUUGGGUCUGAAUCUGAAAGGUCUGUCAAUUUCAGUGAAAGGAACAUAUCGCCUGUAGAAGCCCAUAACAUGAGACAAAAAGGCUUAGAAGAUCAUUUUGUUGAAGAUGCAUCUGUUGGUUUGUCGAUAUCUCCUUCCAUUGAAGAUCCUGAAACAUGUUUUAAUUAUGGUGGAAUUAGAAAAGUUAAGGUCAAUCAAGUUAAGGACUCUGAUAACAGUAUGCAUGAUCCAAAGGAACGUAGUUUUAGUAGGGAAAAUAACAGUGACAUGUCUACUAUUGUGGCUUAUAACAGGGAAAAUGAAAGUGGUUUCAUUUCAAUGGGGCAUAGCUAUGAUAAGGAGUGUGAUAAUGUUGCAGUAAUGAGGCAUACCUAUAACAGGGAUGAUGCACAUGUCAGUACAGCAACUCCUCCCUAUAGUAAGGGUGAUGGAAUUCCCAUAUCAAUGGGCGACACUUAUGUUAAGGAGGAUGCCAAUAUUCUUUCUUUUGGUGACUUUCAUGAAGAUCAUGAGAUUAUCCCGGUGGGUAGGCCUCUUGGUAGCUUUGACCCAUCAUACUGUCAAUCUUCCAAUCCAACAUUGGAAGUAGCUUCAGAAAAACAGCUGGAUGCAUCAACUGCUGGCACAGUUGCAAUUGCUACUCAGACUGCUAAAUUAAGACCUGAAUCUGCCUCAAGGACUAAACCAGAGUUCAAAUCAUCAAAGAAAGAAGCUCCAAACAGCUUCCCUUCAAAUGUCAGAAGUUUGAUAUCGACUGGUAUGCUUGAUGGUGUACCAGUGAAGUACAUUUCCUUGUCGCGGGAGGAGCUUUGUGGAGUUAUAAAAGGUUCUGGCUAUCUUUGCGGGUGUCAGUCAUGUAACUUUUCUAAGGUGCUGAAUGCUUAUGAGUUUGAGCGCCAUGCUGGUUGCAAAACAAAACAUCCGAACAAUCACAUUUACUUCGAGAAUGGAAAGACUAUCUAUCAGAUAGUACAAGAAUUGAGGAGCACUCCUGAGAGCUUAUUGUUUGAUACAAUUCAAACUGUGUUUGGUGCACCAAUUAAUCAGAAGUCCUUUCGUAUUUGGAAAGAAUCAUUUCAAGCGGCAACUCGUGAGCUUCAGCGCAUUUACGGGAAGGAAGAACUAAACCUAUAAGAUGAAUUCUGAACAGGUCUUUGUCGGAAUGUAAGAUAGAGCAACAAUCACUUUUCUGAACCAUGUGGAUAGAAAUAUGUGUUUGGUUUUUAGUAAAUAACGUACUGCGGGUGAACUAAUUUAAGACAAACGUAUUGUAUAUGUUUGGCCAUUGAGAUGAGGCGUCUGGGUUGACAAGUGUACAUAAGAAUGCGAGGGGUGCUCAGCUGCUCAUGUACUUAGGUUUUACAUUUAUUAGGGUGUUAUUGGAU